UUUAUCCACAUCACGUCCAAUCCAAUCCGGAACGCCAUGUUUGUGCGAUGUUGCGGUGAUCACAUUAUGCGAGUUUGACUUCUUACAUAGCGUUUCUUUUCAACUUCGUAAACUUCUGAACGCGCAAACAUGUACGAACAAGAAGAAGAUCCAUAUGCUGAAGAUGACUCUGAAGAAAUCACUCCUGACCUCUGGCAAGAAGCCUGUUGGAUUGUCAUCAGUGCUUAUUUUGAUGAGAAGGGCCUUGUACGACAACAGUUGGAUUCGUUUGACGAAUUUAUUCAGAUGUCUGUUCAGAGGAUUGUUGAGGACACACCACAGAUUGAUCUUCAAGCUGAGGCACAGCACUCAUCUGGCGAAAUCGAAAAUCCGCCAAGGUAUUUACUCAAGUUUGAGCAGAUCUACCUGUCUAAACCAACUCACUGGGAGAAAGAUGGAGCACCCAGUCCCAUGAUGCCUAACGAGGCUAGGCUAAGAAACCUCACAUAUUCUGCACCACUGUAUGUGGAUAUAACAAAGACCGUCAUCAAAGAGAAUGAAGAUCCCAUCGAAACGCAGCACCAGAAGACGUUCAUUGGCAAGAUUCCGAUUAUGUUGAGAUCGACAUAUUGUCUCCUAAACAACUUGACAGACCGUGAUCUCAGUGAAUUGAACGAAUGCCCUCUCGAUCCUGGCGGCUAUUUUAUUAUCAACGGUUCAGAAAAGGUGCUGAUUGCUCAGGAAAAAAUGGCAACAAACACGGUCUAUGUCUUCCAAAUGAAAGAUUCGAAAUAUGCCUACAAGGCAGAAUGUCGCUCGUGUCUCGAGCACUCGUCAAGACCUACAAGUACCCUCUGGGUGAAUAUGCUUGCGAGGGGUGGCCAGGGUGUAAGGAAGAGUGCCAUCGGACAAAGGAUCAUUGCAAUCCUACCAUACAUCAAACAGGAAAUUCCUAUCAUGAUUGUAUUCAGAGCCCUAGGCUUUGUGGCAGACAGGGAUAUCUUGGAGCACAUCAUCUACGACUUUGAAGAUCCCGAAAUGAUGGAAAUGGUGAAACCAUCCCUAGAUGAGGCCUUUGUGAUACAGGAGCAAAAUGUCGCGUUGAACUUCAUUGGUUCUCGUGGUGCCCGUCCUGGCGUGACGAAAGAAAAGCGUAUCAAAUACUCUAGGGAAAUCCUUCAGAAAGAAAUGCUGCCACAUGUUGGCGUAAGCGAUUUCUGUGAAACAAAGAAAGCCUAUUACCUCGGGUACAUGGUGCAUAGGCUCCUGCUCGCUGCACUUGGCCGUCGGGAACUGGACGAUCGAGAUCACUACGGAAACAAGCGACUCGAUCUUGCUGGGCCCCUCAUGGCAUUCCUGUUCAGGGGCCUUUUCCGUAACCUCACAAAAGAAGUCCGGAUGUAUGCGCAGAAGUUCAUUGAUCGUGGCAAGGAUUUUAACCUCGAACUUGCCAUCAAAACUCGCAUUAUUACGGAUGGCUUGCGUUACUCUUUGGCUACAGGAAAUUGGGGCGAUCAGAAGAAGGCCCAUCAGGCAAGGGCUGGCGUGUCUCAGGUGUUGAACCGUCUCACAUACGCUUCAACUCUGUCCCAUCUUCGAAGAGUGAAUUCACCUAUUGGCCGUGAUGGCAAACUGGCGAAACCUCGUCAGCUGCAUAACACUUUAUGGGGAAUGAUCUGUCCAGCCGAGACUCCUGAGGGUCACGCCGUGGGUCUGGUGAAGAACCUCGCCCUGAUGUCGUACAUCUCUGUCGGAUCCCAGCCAUCUCCCAUCCUUGAGUUCUUGGAGGAGUGGAGCAUGGAGAAUCUGGAAGAAAUUGCCCCGUCAGCUAUUGCUGAGGCUACAAAGAUCUUCGUCAACGGUUGCUGGGUCGGCAUCCAUCGUGACCCCGAUCAACUGAUGAACACGCUGCGCAAACUUCGACGUCAGAUGGACAUUAUCGUGUCUGAAGUGUCGAUGGUGCGAGACAUCCGUGACCGUGAAAUCCGUAUCUACACCGACGCGGGGCGCAUCUGUCGGCCUCUGCUUAUUGUCGAAGACCAGAAGCUGCUUCUGAAACGACGUCACAUUGACAGCUUGAAAGAACGAGAGUACAACAAUUACAGCUGGCAGGACUUAGUGGCUAGUGGUGUGGUGGAGUACAUAGACACUCUGGAAGAGGAAACGGUGAUGCUUUCCAUGACGCCCGAUGACCUGCAGGACAAGGGUGUUGCUUACUGUUCGACCUACACGCAUUGUGAGAUUCACCCCUCCAUGAUCCUCGGGGUGUGUGCUUCCAUCAUUCCAUUUCCUGAUCACAACCAGUCUCCCCGUAAUACAUACCAGUCUGCUAUGGGUAAGCAGGCUAUGGGCAUCUACAUCACCAACUUCCACGUACGCAUGGACACGUUGGCUCACGUGCUCUAUUAUCCCCACAAACCUCUGACAACUACGCGCUCCAUGGAGUACCUGCGUUUCCGAGAGUUGCCGGCCGGUAUCAACUCCAUUGUUGCUAUCAUGUCAUACACUGGCUACAACCAGGAAGAUUCCAUCAUCGUUAAUGCGUCGGCUGUCGACCGGGGAUUUUUCAGGUCAGUGUUUUACCGGUCAUACAAGGACUCUGAAUGCAAACGUGUGGGUGAUCAAGAAGAACAAUUUGAGAAACCAACAAGGGAAACAUGCCAAGGCAUGAGAAACGCUAUUUAUGACAAGCUGGAUGAUGAUGGUAUCAUUGCUCCAGGCACAAGGGUAUCUGGUGAUGAUGUGAUCAUCGGGAAGACUAUAACCCUCCCAGAAAAUGAUGAUGAUCUGGAGAGCACUAAUCGCCGGUUCACAAAGAGGGAUGCAAGUACUUUCCUUCGAAACAGCGAAACUGGCAUUGUAGAUCAAGUGAUGCUGACCGUAAAUGCGGAAGGGUACAAAUUCUGCAAGAUUCGUGUCCGCUCUGUGAGAAUUCCACAAAUAGGGGAUAAGUUUGCCAGUCGCCACGGUCAAAAAGGCACAUGUGGUAUCACCUACCGGCAAGAGGAUAUGCCCUUCACUGCUGAAGGCCUGACCCCUGACAUCAUCAUCAACCCACAUGCCAUCCCUUCCCGUAUGACAAUCGGUCACUUGAUUGAGUGCCUGCAAGGGAAGGUUUCAGCCAACAAGGGUGAAAUUGGUGAUGCCACACCCUUUAAUGACUCUGUAAACGUACAAAAGAUCUCGAACCUCCUGCAAGAGUAUGGGUAUCAUCUCAGAGGAAAUGAGGUGAUGUACAACGGACACACCGGGCGCAAAGUGAACGCUCAGAUCUUUCUGGGUCCCACUUAUUACCAGCGUCUGAAGCACAUGGUGGACGACAAAAUCCACUCCAGAGCACGAGGUCCCGUGCAGAUUUUAGUCAGACAACCUAUGGAAGGUAGAGCAAGGGAUGGCGGCCUGCGUUUUGGUGAAAUGGAGCGAGAUUGCCAAAUAUCUCACGGAGCUGCCCAAUUCCUACGGGAGCGACUGUUUGAGGUGUCGGACCCUUAUCGGGCUCACAUCUGCAACCUUUGUGGCCUCCUCGCAAUCGCCAACCUGCGCAACAACACGUUUGAGUGCAAAGGCUGCCGUAAUAAGACUCAGAUUUCUCAAAUCUGCCUUCCGUACGCGUGUAAACUUUUGUUCCAAGAACUGAUGUCCAUGUCCAUAGCACCUCGCAUUAUGGUGACUUGAGCAAAAAUGCCUCUUUUGGCUAUUGUUGUCAAAUAAAUACGUUUUUAUCAUAAA